GCUUCCUAGGAGCGAUCGGUGGGCGGUGGCCUUUCACGGGACGAGAGCUCUGAUUGGUGGAGAAUGAGGAGCGGAUCAGGAAGGAGCAGCUGAGUGUCACACGUGGUUUUACUGUACCGAAGAAGAUGAAGCUGUUAACGCACAACAUGCUGCGGAGUCACGUUACCGGCGUCACCCGGGGCUUCCCUCUACUCAUCCGGGCAGAAGAGGUGAAACUUAGUUCUGUUGAUUUCAAUCAGGAUUUUGUAACUCGUAUGAUUCCUAAACUGGAGUGGGAAGCCCUUGUGGAAGCCGCAGAGAGUCUUGGGCACGGCUCAAAUCUACCCCGAGAGUUGGAGACGGGAUAUGAGAAGAAUGAAGAUUUCCUGAAGAAGGUUCACCAUGUAUUAUUGGAGGUUGAGGUCAUUGAAGGAGCUUUGAAAUGUCCAGAAUCGGGCACAGAAUUUCCUAUCACCCGAGGAAUCCCCAAUAUGUUAAUUAAUGAAGAAGAGUCCUAACAAGCAUUGUGUUUCCACUGAUGUAAAUAAAUAAAUGCAGAAGUCGCCUAUUAUUUUUGUGUGUUUUCAAUAAAUGUUCUGAUUAUUCCUUCA